AUGGCAUCAGCGUCUUCUCUGGAGGACUCGUUCACCUGUCCAGUCUGUCUGGAGCUGUUGAGGGAUCCAGUGACGAUUCCCUGUGGACAUAACUUCUGCAUGAAGUGUAUUAAGGGCUGUUGGGAUCAGGAGGAUGGGAAAGGAGAAUACAGCUGUCCCCUGUGCAAACACACCUUCGACGCCAGGCCUGUUCUCCACAAAAAUCCUCUAAUUGCUGAAAUGGUGGAGAAGUUUGGGAAGACCAGCAUCCAAGCUGCUGCUCCUGCUCGCUGUUAUGCUGGACCUGGAGAUGUGGCGUGUGACGUCUGCAACGAGAGAAAACUAAAAGCUGUCAAGUCCUGUCUGGAGUGUGUGAUGUCUUUCUGUGACUCUCAUUUAAAAACUCACGAUGAACUUCACGGUACAAAUCACAACAAAAUCGAUGCCACAGGCCAGCUGCAGGAGAGGAUCUGCCCUCGUCAUAAGAAGGUUUUUGAAAUAUUCUGUCGCACCGACCAGAGUUGCAUCUGCUAUCUGUGUAUGGUGGACGAUCAUAAAGGCCACGACACGAUCACAGCUACGGCAGAGUGGAGUCAUAAAAAGGAGGGGUUGGGGCAGAGCCAGAGGAGAUGCCAGCAGAUAAUCCAGUUGAAGGAGAAGGAGCUGCAGGAGCUGAGGAAGGCUGUGGAGACUCUCAAGUCUGGUGCACAGACAUCAGUAGACGAGAGUGAUAAGAUGUUUGCUAAGAUGAUUCGCUCAAUUGAGAGAAGGUGCUCUGAGGUGACAGAGCUGAUCAGAGCUCAGGAGAAGGCUGAGGUGAGUCGUGCUGAAGGACUCCUGAAGCGACUGGAGCAGGAGAUUGCUGAGCUGAAGAGGACAGAUGCUGAGAUGAAGAAGCUUUCACAGACACAGGAUCCCAUACAUUUCCUCAAGAAUAUUGUGUCCAUCACUGAGAGUCCUUACAGCACAGUUUCAUUCAGUGUGACUGUCAGCCAAAGCUUCUCCUUGGAGCCCCUGAAGGAAUCUGUGUCUGCACUGAAGACGCAGCUGGAGGAGAAAUUACAGUCAGUCUUCAAGCAGGAGAGGAGGACUCGAGCCUGCGACCCUGUAACCUCAACUAAGCUCUCGCCAUGGAUGUGGACAAUGCCCAUGGCAAAUGUGUAG